AUGAAGUUCGGCCGCGAGUACGAGGCGGCAGUCGCCAACGAGCACUUCCCUCGAGAAUGGAUGGAAAGCGCCAUCGACUACAAACAGGGGAAGAAGCUCAUCAAGAAGGUGCACCUGGAACUGGAGAAGCUGGGGUUGGACGAUGAGACACUCUCCGAGAUGCGAUCCUUGGUCGCCCGACCACUCACUCCAGCCGCUCACAACGAACUUGCCUCUCAAAAAGACUAUUUCUCGGCAGCAAAGCCUGUCUUGGAUUCCAUACAAGAGGAGUUCAUACCAACGCUGCGGAUACUGGUAAACAAAGAUGGUGAGCCGCUCAACGCUAGAUUAUCUCCGGAGACGAGACAAGCGCUCCGAAAGCUCGCACAGCCCGAGGUGCAAGAGCUGCGAUUAGCGGAAAGCACUCGACGCCCUUCACAUCCGGGCCAUACCAUCUCCGAUGAACCAGCGCGGAGGGAUUCGACUUCGACAGUAGAGGCUGAAGACGCGCGUUGGGUGAACGUCCCUCUUGACACGGCCGGUGACUUCUUUGCCAUGCUCGAGCCGAAAGUGCCCAAGCUGGAGGCGGUCAAGAAGAAUGAGACACGCAAGCUUGAAGAAGAGAUUCUCGAUCUUGGCGACGCCGUUGAAGAUGUCGUACAGCCAGUAAUGGAGGGGUAUGAGGCGAGAAGAGAGAUCUCAUACCGCGACUUGUACUUCUGGCGGGAGAUGUUCCGGCUUUACCUGGAGAAUCCGAUCUUUUACAAGAGCACCGAGCAGAAGAGGGGCGCCAUCACAUACAAGGAAGCAAAAGGCAACCUGGAGGCCUACGACAAGCAGCUGCGAGAGACUGGUUUGCUGGCCAAGAUGAAGACUCCUCAGGCUAAGGCUGCCGCACAAAAGUUCCUCGACCUGAACCUGGAAAUCCUAAAGCUCAUGUAUUUCCAAGAGAUCAACUACAGGGGUCUGGGCAAGAUUCUCAAGAAAUUUGAUAAGCAGACGCAUCUGGAAGGCGAUCAGUUCCUCAAGAGUCUGAAGAUCAGCCACCCAGACAUGCUGGUCAGCAAAACCGCAGCCGGAGGUCUCGCGGAUUCUAUCGCUAGAGAUCUGCAAGCCGAGAUGGGGUCCAAGGUGCUUGCGAUUGUGCCACAACUGGACGACUGGAUCUGUCCGGUCUGCUACGGCAUGGCUUGGCGUCCGGUCAACCUUGGCUGCUGUCGCUCAGUCUUCUGCAUCCGCUGCAUCAUCCAACUCCAGGACAAUGGCAUGGAGAAAUGCCCGAUGUGCAACGCCGACACCGUCAUGAAGGCCAAUGGCAUGAACAUCGAUUUCGACACUAUGGACUUCCUGGGUAUCUAUUUCCCCAUGGAAGUGAAGAAGCGACAGAAGGAGAAUGAGAAAGCACAACUGAUCAGAGAAUAUGGGGAGGAGUACGUGAAACCUGGUUGCACUGUAAUGUGA